AUGUCAGAACAUGAAAACUAUCGUAAGAAAAAGAAUAUACCAUAUGAAACCCAAACAUUAGUGAAUAAAGAACAACUUGAGCAUGAACUAUUUGAAUUUUUUGCUGAUUUUAAGCGACAAGAUGGAAAACAUUAUAAAGUCAAAUCAAUUGUAUUAACUUACAUCUCUCUUUAA